UGAUGCAAGUUUGUGUGACACACAUGGCACAGGCAGGAAAGUGCAGCAUAGAAUAAAAGUACCGAAGUGACAUCUGUUGAAGAACUGGUGAUGGCUGAAAACGCCACAGAGUCUAAGAUGGAGGAAAUGCAGUUGAAUGAUGGAGCAGCCAAGGAGGCUGCUACGGCUGCAGAGGAAGAUAUCGUGGAUCCUUGGACAGUAGCAACGUCUUCAGAAAAGGGCAUUGACUAUGAUAAACUUAUAAAGAGAUUUGGAAGCACAAAGAUUGACCAGGCAUUACUGGACAGGUUUGAGAAGGUCACAGGUCAUGCACCACACCAUUUACUCAGGCGGGGCGUAUUCUUCUCUCAAAGGGAAGUAAACAAGAUACUGGACCGCUAUGAAGCCAAGAAGCCGUUCUUUCUCUACACUGGACGAGGACCAUCUUCUGGAUCAAUGCAUACCGGCCAUCUCAUACCAUUCGUCUUCACAAAGUGGUUACAGGAAGUCUUCGAUGUCCCUCUGGUGGUCCAGCUCACCGAUGACGAGAAGUUUCUGUGGAAGGAUCUGAAAGCAGAGGAAGCGUUUCGUCUGGCCAAGGAAAAUGCCAAAGAUAUUAUUGCACUCGGCUUUGAUGUUGAAAAGACAUUCAUAUUCUCAGAUAUGGAGUACAUUGGUUCUUCCCCGGCUUUUUACAUGAACAUGAUCAAGAUCCAAAAGUGUGUGACAUACAACCAAGUCAAAGGGAUAUUUGGCUUCACAGAUAGUGAUUGUAUAGGUAAAAUCAGUUUUCCAUCGAUCCAGGCUGCUCCCUCCUUCUCAACCUCCUUCCCACAGAUCUUUGGUGGUAAGAAAGACAUACCCUGCCUCAUCCCAUGUGCAAUUGAUCAAGAUCCAUACUUCCGGAUGACACGUGACGUUGCGCCUCGUCUAGGAUACCCCAAGCCUGCCCUUAUUCAUUCUACAUUCUUCCCUGCCCUGCAAGGAGCAAAGACCAAGAUGAGCGCCAGCGAGCCUAACUCAUCUAUAUUUCUGACAGACACGGCCAAACAAAUCAAGACAAAAAUCAACAAAUAUGCCUUCUCUGGGGGCGGAACUUCUGUAGAGGAUCACCGUGAGAGAGGGGGUAACUGUGAAAUUGAUAUAGCUUACCAGUACCUCACAUUUUUCAUGGAGGACGACGAACGGUUGGAACAGAUCAGAAAGGACUACACCAGUGGCCAGCUGCUCACCGGUGAUCUGAAGAAAGAGCUAAUCGUAAUACUGCAGAAGGUCUGUGCUGACCACCAGGACAGACGGAAACAGGUCACAGACGAUAUCCUAAAAGAGUUCAUGAGACCUCGGAAACUAAAGUACGACUUUUAACCGUGGACGUGUUCGUUGGAGGCGAACUGUAAUUGUGGAUAUUUAAAUUUUAAAUAUUUAGGUGUUUUAUCAUUGCCAUGUAUGUGACAACUGCCUACGAAAUGAGAGACAAAAACGUUGUCACCAUUAAUAUUGACAUUACAAAGUUUAGCACAUCUUGUAGCUGUUUUAUCAUUGUCAUGUUAAAUCCCGGUCGUGACACUUGUGUCCUUGAACAAGAUACUUUACUAUAGUUGCUUCUCUUCACCCAGGGGUAUAAAUGGGUACCUGCGAGGGUAGAGGUUGAUAUUGUGUCUGAAAAAGCAAUUGGAGCGCCAUGGCAGCUCGGGCUGGUUACUAUGACAUGGGCACUAAUGUAAAGCGCAACGAUAUGGUUAUUGUGAAAAGCGCUAUAUAAGAAUUUGUUAUUGUCAACUUACAUGAACCAAAAGAAAAAGUGAAAGUCACAAUAUAAGUUAUCACACAAGAGCGAGUGGAAUACAGACAAAAUAUAGCGCUUCUGCAUCCCAUAUCCAACGUU